GAGGGUGCUGUGAGAUACAGACAGGACUAGCGCUGUCACAGUGUGACCCCGGCCGAGAGGAGGAGGAGGGACUUGCAGAAAACAAGCAGAAAAUCUGGCAGAGGCGACAGUGAGCAAACGGCUAGCAAUGGAGAGAAACGAGUCAGUGAUAAAAGGGGAGAAUCGAGCAGUCGCGGGAGCAUGUUGAUAUGGACAGAGCCCAGCAUGCACCAAAUCUCUCUUAGUAAUCUUUUUAAACCUGACGCAAAAGGGGUGGACGCAACCCAAGAGCGGAAACAAAGGCGCUUUGGUUUGAACAAAAUACAUCUGAAAGAAGGGUGAUAAUUGGUCCCUCAGCAUGAGUCGAGAUGGAUGGAGAAAAAAAGCCAGUGAAGAUGAUGGGUGGGGAGGACGGGGUGGUUACAUGGCUGCAAAAAUCUCUAAGCUUGAUGAGCAGUUUCAGAAGGAUGCCCCGAGAGAGAAGCAGAAAGAGGGAACGUCCUCCUGUAUCUUCAGUGGUGUGGCUAUCUACGUCAAUGGAUACACAGAUCCCUGUGCGGAUGAGCUGCGCAGGAUGAUGAUGCUGCAUGGUGGGCAGUUCCAUCUCUAUUACACUCGCUCUAGAACUACACAUAUCAUUGCCACCAACCUGCCCAACAGCAAAAUACAAGAGCUCAAGGGAGAGAAAGUAGUACGGCCAGAGUGGAUCACAGACAGUAUAAAGGCAGGCCGCCAACUUUCAUAUGUACAGUAUCAGCUCUAUGCGAAGCAAAAAAGCUUGAACUUUACCAGUAUCUGUGCACAAGGAAAGCCGGAUCUGUCGUUCAAACCCAGUCCAAGCCACCCCCAGUCAGACAGCAUCAAGCCUCAGCCCAGUCACACUCAAACCCUCUCAAAAGAAGUUCUCAAAUCCACAGCCAGCUUCACUGAGCGAACCAAUCACCAGCUAGAUGUCAGACUAAAUGGUUCCUGUAGCAUAGUCUUUGAGGACGAUGCAGAGAGGCCUAGAGUUAAUGGGAUUCAUUAUGGAGAUGAUGAUGACACCUGUGCCCUUUUGCCAAGAGGCUCACAAGACCCUUUGUUAACUAAUGGUUAUGUCCACCCUGUGAAUGGUGCCUUAAAGCCUCUGCUGUUUGCAGAACAUUCUCCUCAUGUUGUUGACACAGGGUCCCAUCAGUCUCACCUCCCACAGACUGAAAGCAGGGAUAUGGAGAAGCCCAGCUGUUCUUCUGCGGGCUCAAAAUCAAAUUCCCAUCAGAGGUCCUCAAUAUCCAUCGCCAGUCCUGCAAAGCAGCCUGGUCUUCACAAUAUGCAAAAGGACCUCCAUCCAAAACCAACAUCUAAUCCAGGAACUUCAGGUGCUCCUCAGAAGGGGAAUCUUCAUGAUCAGACAAGAGUUCGACUAAACGGGAGCUAUCACACGACCCCUAGCUCCUCCAAUCUUGCAGUAAUCUCUAGUAAUCAUCCGGGAAGGUCGGGCCAAGGAGCAGAGGCUGGAAUCAUAUCAGAAUUCUUUUCUCACUCAAGGCUGCAUCAUAUUUCUACGUGGCGAAAUGAGUUCUCCGAGUAUGUCAGUGCCCUUCAGAGCAGGAGGCGAGCUGCAGGAGGAGCUGUUUUCUCUGGAAAAGAGAAACUGAAGAAGCUCAAAGCCAACUGCAGUUCAGGUUCCUUAAUGGCUGCUCCUCAGGUGCGUCAGUCCUGCAUUCUUCAUGUGGAUAUGGACUGCUUCUUUGUGUCAGUAGGGAUCAGACACAGACCAGAUCUCAUAGGGAAACCGGUUGCGGUGACUAGUAACCGUGGUCCAGGCCGCGUUCCACAGCGACCUGGUGCAAAUCCUCAGCUUGAGUUUCAGUACUACCAGAGCAAACAGAAACAGUAUAGGAAAGAGAAGACAGACGGUGAUCUUGAGAUGACCCCAUCUCCACCAUGUGAUGAAGUUCCCAGUAAUGGAGUGGAUCUGGACCUGGCUGCCCUCUCUAUGGCAGAGAUUGCAUCUUGCAGUUACGAGGCCAGGCAGGCUGGUGUGAGAAACGGCAUGUUCUUUGGCCGGGCUAAGCAGCUCUGUCCUGAUCUGCAGUCUGUCUCAUAUGACUUCCAGGCAUAUAAAAGUGUGGCACUGUGCAUGUAUGAGACCCUGGCCAGUUACACUCAUAACAUUGAGGCUUUGAGUUGUGACGAGGCGCUGAUAGAUGCCACAAAUCUUCUGGUUGAGCUGGGAGUUACACCUGAUGAUUUGGCUCGAGCCAUCCGUGAAGACAUAAAGGAAAAGACUGGUUGCUCUGCCUCAGUUGGAAUGGGUUCCAACAUCCUUCUUGCUCGGAUGGCAACCCGUAAGGCAAAACCAAACGGGCAGUACUUCCUCCGAUCAGAGGAAGUGGAUGAUUUUAUCAGGGAUCAGCCUGUAUCCAGUUUGCCUGGUGUGGGUCGCUCAAUGAGCUCCAAGCUGACCUCCCUGGGAGUGAGCACCUGUGGUGACCUGCAGCAGUUGUCCAUUUCUCGACUGCAGAGGGAGUUUGGGCCAAGGACAGGACAGACGCUUUUCCGCUUUUGCAGAGGACUGGAUGACAGACCUGUGCGCAGUGAGAAGGAGAGAAAGUCUGUGUCUGCAGAGAUGAACUACAACAUUCGGUUCACACAGGUUGAAGAGGCGGAGUCUUUCCUUACAAACCUAUCCAUGGAGGUGCAGAAGAGGUUGGAGGGGGCAGGGCUUCGAGGUCGCCGGAUUAUACUGAAGGUCAUGGUGCGGAAACCAGGGGCUCCAGUAGAGCCAGCCAAAUAUGGUGGCCAUGGGAUAUGUGACAACUUUGCCAGGUCUGUUUUACUUGCUCAGCCCACAGACAGUGGUCAGCUGAUUGCUGCUGAAGUCAUUAAGCUAUUCCAUGCCAUGAAAUUGGAUGUAAAGGAGAUGAGGGGAGUGGGACUUCAGGUGCAGCAGUUGGAGGGAUCACAUACAGACCCAUCAGGACAAGGGCCCUCUCGUGGUCGCUCAAUCAAAGACCUGCUACUGGCCAAACAGCCUACCCACAGCCCCACAAAAGAGCCCCCAGCACCUCAAGAUGGUUUUACCAGCCCUUCUUCAUCCAGAGCUUUCUCCUCCAUUUGGGAGAGAGUUACUCCUCCAUCCUCACCACCUUCCACCAGCUCAGAUCCAAUGCCUGGAACAAGUAAAGGAGGACUUCACCAUCCACACACCCCCAACCAUGUCAGGACAUGCCUAAACAUCAGCAUUGAGGUGCCAUCUCCCUCUCAGGUGGACCAGUCUGUUUUAGAGGCUUUACCUGUAGACAUAAGGAGACAGGUGGAGCAGUCCUGGAGACACAGAGAGGAGCAGCCCAGCACCUCGUCUCAUCUCUCAACCCCGCCUCGAACCUCCUCUUCUCCUCCUCCAGGUCCAUCGCUUGGCACCCUUGUACUGCAGCUCCCAGACCAGCCAGGUCAACCAUGCACAACGGGCAUUAUACUGGAGCUCCCCGACUUCUCCCAGGUUGAUCCAGAUGUGUUUGCAGCUCUUCCCAGAGAGCUUCAGGAAGAGCUUUGCUCCGCUUAUAGAAACAAGAGAAACGCUCAAGCCCUUGUUCAAGCUCAAAGCAGUGCUGUCGAGCAAAAACACACAUUUCCUCAAUUAAAGCAGCCUGCAGUGGGGAAAUUGAAGCGCCGCUACAAAAAGAGAAAUGCUAGUCCUGCCAAAAAGGGGCUAAGUCCACUAAAAAAACUAUUUCCUGGAAACAGCCCUGCCAAAUCCAGCCCCUCCAAAACACUUCCUCUGCCACUCAAAACAGAAAAUGUACAGUGCCCAUCCUCUACGAGCACGGAUGUCCCAGAGACGCUGUCCAAAUUUAAUCCCCGCCCAGUCCCAACCCUAGCCGGAGCUUAUGAAUUCAGUGACAUUAGAACUCUGCUUCGUGAAUGGGUCACCAGCAUCUCAGAACCUAUGGAGGAGGACAUUCUCCAGGUGGUGAAGUACUGCACAGAACUCGUGGAAGAUAAAGACCUGGAGAAACUCUAUCUUGUCAUCAAAUACAUGAAGAGACUUAUGCAGCAGUCCUCAGAGUCAGUAUGGAGCAUGGCCUUUGAUUUCAUCCUCGACAAUGUGCAGGUAGUGGUACAGCAAACCUACGGUAGCACUCUGAAGAUCACAUAGGAGGACCGUCCUAACCUCAGUCACUGUGACAUCAGCCUAGACCUGCCACCUCAUCAUGACGUGUGAGAGACAAACAAAACCACUUGAGUCUGCCAAUCAUCGUAGCAUCGCUUGUCCUCUCCUCGGAGAACACAGAGGAUUUCGAGAUCAUGCCAGUGAUGAUGAGGAACAGAUGAGCAAACCAGCUACACUCAGAAGCAGCUGAACACAGAGUUUUUCUUUCAUCAUGAUGUCAAAUCUACACUAAUGUCUAGAGGUAUUUUGGUAACCCUUUUCAAUCAGGUUGGAUUUGUUAACAUUAGUUAACGCAUCAAGUGUCAUGAACUAAUAUUGAAUAAUUUUUGACAGAAUUUAUUCAUCUUGGUUAUUGUAAAUUCAUACCUGGACUAUUUUACUAGUUCUUAACCAGUAUUAACAUAUGACCUACAUUUGUAACAUUUAAAGAUGUAUAUGUAAAAAUUAACAUUUUACAUCUUUUAAUCUUCGUUAAAGCAUUUUUGAUUUUUAGUUCAUGUUAAUUAUUGGGUUAACUAAUAUUAACAUGUACAACCUGGUUAUAAAAUGUUACCAGAAGUUUUUUUUUUUUUUUUUUGAACGUUUUAAACCUAAAGCAAGCCUCUUUGCUUUCUGUUAGCUUUUCGAUUUUUUUUUUCUUGUCUUUCUUUUUCUUUAUUUCUCGUACUCCAGAACAAGUGUUUAUAUUGAAAGCCUCAGAAGUAUUUACAGACUUUGUAGCAAAGCAAAAUGGAGUGGCAUGUUAUUUGCCUUUUAUUGGUCAGUCUGAGAUGUUAAAAGUGGAAGUCGAAAAAAAAACAAUCCCUUAUAUCAAAGUCAGUUUAGCAUGUGGAUACUAACAUUUUAUGUAAAGCUAACAUUUAUGUUUUUAGAAAAAAAUAUUAUUCCUCCUUUAUUGAGCGUUUCUUAUUGUAUGUUUGUCUGUAUCUGUAAAAGAGCUAAGAGAGACAGAAAUAUUUAUGAAGAAAAAGAUUAAAACAUUGGCUAGGUUAACUUUGCUAAAUUGAGUUUCAGAUGUCCUGUCAUGCUUCUCAGUCUUUUAUUCUAAAUUUGUGGAUGUGGUGCUGGAAGAAAGGAAGGGUUUUUCAAUCAGGCAGAUGUGAACCUCAUAAUGUGUAAAGGUGGAUUCUUCAGUGCAACAUUAUCCUCUUAAGUCUUGUUCAAUGUAGGUUUGGCUUUAUGUAUUAACAGAAUGUACUCAAGUCCUCAAAGUUUGUACUUUCUUGGUUUUAAGAAGCUGUUCAAGAGACAGACAUCUGUUAUCACAUAUUAUACAUGACAUAUACAGAGAGGAAGGCCUAAAAAUUCAUGUUUGGUCAAAAAUCUGUCAUGACAGAAUGACCCGUGCCUGAAGACCUGAAGCUGUGACAAAAUUUGUACGUUUUCUAAAUUUGCAAAUAAAUUUGGAUAAGUGAUA